UCACUGUGCCAGAGGGAGACAACGAAAACACAACAAACUCAUCCGCUCUGUUUUGUUCCAGUGACUUACGUCUACCAAUCUUCAACCGAAGAGUAAACAACAACGUAGCCUGCAGCCUACAUUUUAUUGUUUCUGUUUUAAGCGAUUGGUGGCUCGGAUGCGUGCGCGUCUUGGCAACGGAAGUCGUUCUUUGUUUUUGUCGGUUAACUUCCUUUCCCGAAAGCUAAACACCGAAACUCAUUUAAAGUAAAAAAAAUAAAAAAAAAUAAAAAUGUCGGCGUGUUGCGUGUCCGGCUGUAAAAACCGACAAUCUUCAACCAGCAAACUUAAAUUUUACAGGAUUCCGUCUGGAUAUCGGACGUUUCAGGCCAACCGGAGGACGUUGUGGCUGAAAGCGAUCCAACAAGUGAACGGCGGCGUCGAGGGACUCAAAGGAAACGUUCGUGUGUGUGGCGCUCAUUUCAUAUCAGGAGAAUCGUCCAUGGAUUACGAUAGUCCUGACUUUGUGCCUUCUGUGUUUACAUGCACUAAACAAAUCCCGAAAAAGAAAACUAAAAGGUUUACGGGUAGUAGAAAAAGGAGGCGCCGGUCAGCCCCCGCGGUCACAGAAGACACAACAACUCAACCAGGAGCUGAUACUCCAGCAGACCUCCAGUCCACUGAUUUGUUUGAAAAAACACAGACACUGCCAUCUCCAUCAGUGCUAAAGGAAGAAGAAACAUUCACCAACGAGUCAGAGAAUGAAAUGGAAACUGAAACAGUGGAACCUCAAGCACCACCCUGCCCAAAUAAGACAUCGCCGUCAUUGAGAGAACCAACAGGGGUCCCAGAACUGGGCGAAAAGAUUCUCACUGUGAUCCUCCGUCGUGUUUUCACUCCAGCUCGGGGGUAUCAGUGUGAGCUGUGCCAGCAGACUUUCACCAACGUCUCCGAGCUUUUAAAACACGGACGGCUUCAUGCAGACGGAAAGUCCCUCAGCGAUGAAAGUUGUGAAGAGCUCGUCACAAAUCAAGCAGAUUUCGCUGAGCACCAGCCAGUACCGGAACCUUCUUUUCCGUGCAACAUGUGCGAGCGGUCUUUCACUACAACUCAUCACCUGAAGCGUCACAAACUGCUGCAUGUCAAAGAUGGCAGGAAGUGCCCUAUUUGUGGGGUUCUCUUCUGUCAGCUCCAUAACCACGUUUUAUUCCUGCCACAGAUCGAGUCUGUUACAGAGAUCGAAGAGGAGUCCUCCGUCACUGAGCCGGUGAACAGUCGGCGGGAGCGCCGAAAGCCAAAGCAGAUAACUCACCGAGAUGAUGGUCCUCGAAGCACCGUAACUGUAACCCCCUCGCAAACAACUUCUCAACCGAUUGUAUCUCAUUCCCACAAAAAAACUUUUAAGACCCUUAAACCUCUUCCUCCACCUUCACACACAAGGGUCUUAUCAGAAAUGCCUCUACCUGUGUUGAAAAAACCAUAUCUGGUACCUGAGAACCCAGAGACUUUGUCUGUGUUUAAGAAACCCUACUCCCCUCCGGCCUUCAGCCAGUCCAGUCUCCCCCGAGAUAUAGAACUCCCGCCCUCACUACAGAUGUUUUCACCAAAGCUUCUCACCUCGUCUUUCCUUAAGGUGACACGGAAUUAUGAAUAUCUUUUAAGCAAACCGAGAGGUGUUAAGAAGGAGAAGGAGUAGGAUGAAGGUAAAGUGCUGCUGAUUUCUGCAUUGAGCCAGACGAAGAGAAUAGAUGGAUACUCUGAUGGUGCUCCGAUCGUAACAGAGAAGGAAAGUUUGUCACUUUUAAAAUGAAACGGUGACUGGAGUCUUUGUUUGGCUGCAGUUAACCCCUCAGCUAUCACACCGGACGUGUCGUGCAACGAUGUAGGGCUACAGCCAAAAUCAUAGUUUGAAAGAAAAGUCAAUUAAUAGCUCAGCUCUACUUUAUUAAGAUUUCACUCCGACUAACCCAGAAGCUUCUAACACAUGAGUGCGUUUAGUUGAUACUUCAGCUUUAAAUAAAAUACUCAUUAUACUACCAAUGUGUCACACUAUUUGCUGUUCUUUGGGAUGGAGAUGCCUGGAGAAUUUGUGUUACAAUGAUUAAUGUGUACUGUGAAUGUUAUUCCUGUUUUCUUUGUCAGUGUAUGUCUGGUUCCGAACAUUUUUGUAUUUUAACCUCAGUGCCUUCAAUCAUAAUGCUGCUUAAAAUAAGAGAUGUGUGUUUGGGAUGCUGUCGUAAAGAUGUUUUUUUUUUUGUUUUUUUUUUAAUUGUGAUUGUUAGAAGAUGAAUAAUGUUUUGUGAGUACAAAAAAGCUACAGUUUAAAAGACCUGACUUUUAAAACUUUGCAAUGCUUAAACUGCAUUCAUCCCAUCUACCUCAGCCGUCCUGAAGUCAGACAUUGCGUGUUUGUUUGUGUUGUUCAAUUCUUUUGUUUCCUCUCCUUUUUUAAUAAAGAAAUGCUCUAAUCCA